ACAAAGGAAGAGCAAUAAUAAUGAGAGUGGUAUUUGUUGGGUGAGGCUGAGCCACACUACAAUUCAUUCAAACGCUGCAUCUCUCUUUCAGCUAACAUCAACACUCAACACUCAACACUCAACACUCAACACUGUCUGUCUGUUUAGAUUUCAUUAAGAUUGUUGAGAUGGAGAGCUGUAUUGAUGGUGAUGCACCUUUAGAUUAUGCAACCAUUCAGAUUUUUCCUGCCCACAACAGAUAUGAGGUAUUUGUUUGUGGUGGUGGUGAAGUGGAGAAACUAACCAUUGGGUUGUUGGAACAACUAUUGCCACAUUUGCCAGGAGUAAACAACUUGCACGCUAAAGGAUCUAAUGCUAACCUCAAACUUCAACUACGGGGACUCCAUGAUACAACAUGGUUCACAAAAUCAACUUUGAACAGAUUUCUGCAAAUUGUUUCUUCCCCGGAUUUCAUGAAAUCUAGUAAGCUUGUUGAAGGUGAAAUGUCUCAAUUGGAGGAGGCCAGAAAAUUUCACCUUUCUAUUCAUCCUCAGGGCCAUGCAAAUCAUUUUGAAAGUGGGCAGACAGAUGGCUGCAACUUAAUUGAGACAGUUCCAACGCUCAAACCUGAAGUGCAAGUUGCAUCAUCAGAUACUUCAAAGGAUGAAUUAGUGCGAGCUAUGGACUUGAGGCUCACUUCAUUAAGAAAGGAGUUAGCUGCUGGUUUGAGCAAGGCUGCUGGUCUCACCUGCUCAUCUAAAGAUAUUUACAGUUUGAUAAGUUUUUGUGAAACUUUUGGAGCAACAGAUGUAAAGAUUUCUUUAUGCAAAUUUUUGGAACUGUGCCCUAUGAGUGAUACAUCUGUGUUUAUAAAUGAUGACAAGCAUUCCUUUAUGUGCAUGUCAGUAAGUGACGAUGCAAAAAAGACAAAUGGAGAUACCCAAGUAUCAAGAUCAAGCCAUUCACAAACGCCUGUAAAAUAUGGAGUUUCAUCUGCACUGGCUGCCCAGGUUGAACGACAGAGCUCAAGUGAAAGUGAGGCGUCCACAAAUUCAAGUGACAUCAACCAAAAAAAUGUAGAAAGGAGUCGAGCUCUUACAAGAUCUUCACAACCAAGAAGGUCAGCAUCACCUAUGCGUAGGGUUCAAAUAGGUAGAGCUGGGUCACGCAGGGCUGCUGCACUAACCAUUAAGAGCCUUGGUAAUUAUCCUGCUCGAGAGCGGAUUCCCUUUUAUAGAGAUGAAGCUGCAAACAGUAGUGAAGAGGAAGGAUCUGAAAAAAUCGGUAAGAAACAUGAGAAUAACAUGCGAAGGAUGACAGUUCAAGAUGCAAUAAAUCUUUUUGAAAACAAACAGAAAGAUGAAAGUUCAGAUGCUCAAAAAGGGAGCUCAUCGUCAAGUCUUUCUCUCUCUACAAAAAAAUCUGUGUUGAGAAGAUGGAGUUCUGGUGCAGCUGAGUCUUCCCAUCCUUGUCAAUCAAAGGAUGUUUCUGAAGACUCUGUUCAGCUGUCUUGCGAUAAUGUUGUGGAUCAAGAGAGUUCAAAUCAUUUGGUGGAAGAAAGGUUGGAGUCUGAUUUUAUAUCCGGACGUCAAAUUCCUUCUGGAACAACUAAAACUAAUGUGGAAUUGAAAGGAUUGGAAAGAAAAGCACACGAACCAGUGGUCAUGGAAAUAGAAGGGGAUGCAAUUCAAGGACAGGAAACAAAUGGAACAUCAAAUGCCUCAGCUGAAUGGAGUCAACGAAAGGAAGUUGAACUGAACCAGAUGCUGACAAAAAUGAAGGAAAGUAAGUCUGCAAGGGUCAAGAAGUCUCCAAGUAGCGGAAACCAAAAUAUCCCUUCUGAGCAUAGAGGUGGAUUUUACGACCACUACAAGGAAAAGAGGAAUGAAAAACUUCGAGGAGAGAACGCUAGGAAGAAAGCAGAAAAGGAAGCGCAAUUUAGAGCAAUACAGCAAACUCUUGAUGAGCGGAAGGCUGAAAUGGCCUCCAGGAAUGUGAAGGAUGUCAAUAAGAAACAUCCUUCACCCAAACCUCAAAAUUCUGUUAAGAAUGCAUCUCAGGCUGGGAACCUUAAAAAGGACAAUUUAAAAGCUUCCGUUACAAAAAAAGUUCCAUCCAAAGCAUCAACUUCACCAGCUAUUCGUAAAUCAUGGCCUUCAACACCCUCAACUAGAGUGGGAGGAUCUUCCGUAUCUAAAAGCUCUCCUGGAAUUUCAUCUACUGGCACUACAACUACUAUACGGAAACCUCAGUCUUCAUCACCGGUUAUUAAAUCAAGGCCUAAAGUUGAAAGAUCCCAACCACUCCAUAAAAAUAUGGAGGAAAGCCAGACUGAUACUGACAGGAUUUUGAAAGUUACCAACGAAAAGAAGCAGAAAACAGUGACAAAAACUGAAAAAGGAACAAAACCAAAAAUUGCAGCAGCUGCUGGAGAUCGUUCUGGUAAGGUUCCUUCAAAGCCUAGUUUGUAUAACAAGAUGACCAAGAAAGGCAGUGUGGUGCCAGUAGAAUCAAAACCCUUUCUCCGCAAGGGAUCGGGAAUUGCUCCAGGUAUUGGUCCCAUAGUGAGCAAGAAGAGAUGUUCUCCUCAGGUGGAGGAAACUUCCAUUAAUUCUGGGAACAUGACAGAAAGUCUAGGUAAGGAGGUGGCUACUAAAGCUGAUAUCCUUAUUAUUCAGCAUGAAGACGAGGAUAUUGUAUCAAAUGAUGUUAGUUCUGCUAUGCAGCCUGAAAUGCAAGUCAAUUGUCAUAUGAAUUAUAAUGAGCCUGCAACCAUAAAUGAGCUUGCAAUUAAUGGAGAUGACAGUUUCAAAGAAACAGCAGAGUCUUUAGCAAAUAUAGAGUUUGAAGAAGAAUCAGGUAUCUCUCCUGUUGCAUGGGAAGAAAUAGAGGAAUGCCAGAAUGUGCAUUUGUUACACCGUGAUAAGACAUCUCAGCUUACAUCUCCGGUCCAUGGUACACCUGUUGGAUUGUCAAGUCCACGUAUCCGUCAUUCUUUGUCGCAGAUGUUGCAAGAAGAAAUUAGUGAACCUGAUUCAUGUGAGUGGGGAAAUGCUGAGAAUCCUCCUGCCAUGGCCUUUCAGAAAGAUGCCCCUAAAGGGUUGAAGAGGCUCUUGAAAUUCGCCCGGAAGAGCAAAGGGGAUUCAAAUAUAACAGGUUGGUCCAGCCCAUCUGUUUUUUCUGAAGGAGAGGAUGAUGCUGAGGAGUCUACAAACAAGAGAAAUACUGACAGCCUACUGAAGAAGGCAGCACUCCAUCCAAAGAAUUACGGGAAGCAAAGCAAUUCAAUCUUUGCAGGCCAGGAGAAAAAUACAGAUGCUCGUGAACUUCUCUCAGCUGAAUCUAACUUGGGCAAAUUUGGAGUUCAGAAUUCUCACAAGCUGCAAAAGAGCAAUGUGUCAACCGCUACGAGUAAAGCUACAAGGUCGUUCUUCUCUCUGUCAGCAUUCAAGGGAAGCAAACCAAAUGAGACUAGGUUUUUGGGAUGAAAUCAAUCAAAAUUUUCCUCUGAAAAUGCACCAGUUUCUUAAUAUUCUGCUGAUGCAUGCAAAUGUGUAUUAUUAGGAUUUAAUCGCAUUCUAUAUGUUCGUCUUCUUUGACGCCAUUUUUGAUUUAUGUAAUGCACUAACACAAAACCUGGUUCAGUUUCAAACUUUUGAUAUAAAUGGAAACAUAUGAACAAAUUAUAACUGA